AUGGCCGACUCCGAACCUUUUCCUCUACUCAACACCUCCGUCGACCAAUUGCACUCCGUCAUUGACCACCAUUCCUCAAAUUCCUCCCGCACCACACGACGUCGGAAGUCUAGUGCCCUCGGCCAGGACAUUCGAGCUGGCGACACAGGCCCUGCACUCGCAAGCUACACUGCUGGAGACAGCCCCAUCCCGCCAGCCAUGAUCAGAUACACCUACCUCGUUCCCGCCGUCGUCAUCGCCAUCUUCGGCGGCGCAUACGCCGUAGACCCCUCCGACUCGAACCCCGCCUCUCGCUUCAUCUUCCUCUCGUACCGUCUGCCUCCGGACCCGGCCAAGCCCGAUGCACCAAUUCAAUAUGGCAAAGGGCUAUGGGACAUAGCCUUCGUGGGUUUCUGGACAAUCGUCCUCACUUUUACCCGCGAGUUCAUCAUGCAAGAAUUCUUGCGUCCGCUAGCUCGUGCCGCUGGUCUUCGGUCUCGCGGAAAGCAGGCUCGGUUCAUGGAGCAGAUGUAUACAGCUAUAUACUUUGCUUGUCUGGGUCCUGCCGGCUUGUACGUCAUGAGCAAGACGCCUGUCUGGUACUUUAGUACACGAGGCAUGUACGAGGACUUCCCGCAUGUGUCCCACGAGGCCGGGUUCAAGUUCUAUUACCUAUUCCAGGCCGCCUACUGGGCACAGCAAGCUCUCGUCCUGUUACUUGGCCUUGAGAAGCCUCGCAAGGACUUCAAGGAGUUGGUCGGGCACCACAUUGUUAGCCUUGCUCUGAUCGCCCUGAGUUACCGUUUCCACUUCACCUACAUGGGCCUAGCUGUUUAUACCACACACGACAUUAGCGACUUCUUCCUCGCAACCUCGAAGGUGCUCAACUACAUCGACUCGCCGAUUGUUGCACCAUACUUCUUCUUCUUCGUCAGCGUUUGGAUUUACCUGCGUCAUUACAUCAACCUCAAGAUCAUCUUGUCACUUUUCACCGAGUAUACCACUGUCGGCCCUUUCGAGCUGAACUGGGCCACCCAGCAGUACAAGUGCACCCUGUCUCAGUACAUCACCCUCGGCCUCCUGGGUUCUCUCCAAGCCCUGAACCUCUUCUGGCUUUUCCACAUCUUCCGCAUUGCCUAUCGCUUUCUUGCCUAUGACAUAGCCGAGGAUGACCGGAGCGAGGCGGAGGGCACGGAUGCCGAGGACGAAACCCAGCAGAAAGCUUUGCCUGCAGAGACGUCCAACGGCCACACGACGGGCGCGAGUACCAGUGCGGCGGCAAAGGCCAGGGCUGUCAACGGCCGCACGAGAUAA